AAGAAUUAAAACGCCGGUGAACGGCAAGAAAGUUUGGUGUAUCCACAAGUUUUAACCUUUUUGUAAUUUAAUUCAACCAGUGGAAGAUUAAGAAAAUCUAGAAGAUGGCUGUGAACGUUUACUCGACAUCUGUGACCGGCGACAACCUUAGUCGCCAUGAUAUGCUUUCUUGGAUCAACGAGUCUGUACAGAUGAACUACGCCAAGAUUGAGCAGUUGUGCUCAGGUGCCGCUUACUGUCAGUUCAUGGACAUGCUUUUCCCUGGAUGCAUCCCUUUGAAGAAGGUAAAAUUUCAGGCAAAACUAGAGACUGAGUUCCUCCACAACUUCAAACUUCUGCAGACCAGUUUUAAGAAGAUUGGGGUUGACAAGAUCAUUCCUGUGGAUAAAUUGAUAAAAGGCAAGUUCCAGGACAACUUUGAGUUUGUGCAGUGGUUUAAGAAAUUAUUUGAUGCCAACUACGAUGGAAAGGAGUAUGACCCACUCGGUGCUCGCCAGGGCCAGGACACUGCUCCUACGCCCAACCCAGGUCAGGUCGCAUCCAAGCCAAGGAAGCCCACCACUGUACAGUUCCACAGCUCCCCAACUCUUAUCAGACCAGCGGCGAGAGUCGCUCCCACGAGGUCUACAACGACAGUAACCAAACCCCCGCCCAGGUCAGCAGGGAGUGCCUUGCGGAGGCCCGGCGGGGCAGAGGACGUGGAAAGGGUGGAGCUAGCCCAGGAGGUCAGUUCCCUGAAGGCCACUGUCCAGGACAUGGAGAAAGAGAGAGACUUUUAUUUUGGAAAGCUGAGGUCCAUUGAGGUCAUCUGCCAAGAAGUGGAUGGAGAGGCAGAUACAACUAUGCAGAAGAUUAUGGAUGUUCUAUACGCCACUGAUGAGGGGUUUGUUAUUCCUGAUGCUGAAGGAGAAGAACCAGAAGAGUUCUGAUGAAAAUGGACACAACUGCAGUUCAUACCUUAAUCACACACUUCAAUACACACACACACACAAGUUUGCAUGUGCACCGUUCAUACGCACUCUUUGGGUCUAAUGAACAUGCACUUACUCACACUGUGGAUUAAGUUGCCUCUGGAUUAUACACUGCCUGCCACCUUGGUCCAAGUGUUUGUUGGACCAAGUGUUUUUUUGUUUUUUUUUGGACCAUAAAAUAAAUUUCAGAGACCCUGCUAAUCCAGCCACCAGAGAAGAAGAACCCUGGAUAAAAUUCCAAUGGGUUUUUAUUUUCUGGGGGUUUUCUGCCUUGUUCUUAUUCUGGCCUUUUCUGUGCCUUUAAAUUUAGGCCUGUUACUUUUGAAAUGUGUUCAGGUUGUCUUUUUAUUCCUUAUAUAUUUCCAAUUGACCUAAACAGUACUGUACUAGAUUAUUUUGAUAUGAUAUUUGCAAAUAUGAGUAAUUCUUAAAUAUAUAUGAAUGUAUACUCUGCCAAUUGAAAUUAUUGUAAUUUUUAUGGUAUGUUUACACACAUUCAUUAUAUACUUAAGAGUUAAUUUGUGGUUUAGGCGAUCAGCGUUUGUAUUUAGUUUGUUUUUUUAUCUCCGCAGGUAUUCAUCACAUUACUUUUUUGAUUUUUCAAUGAAAUUAAGUGUUUUUAUUGAGCACCUUAAAUAAAAAAAGAAUGUACUUCUUACCUAAAAGCAAAA